GUUCGUCACUCCUAAAAGGAUUUUAAAAGCGCAACUCGUUGGAGCUUCAUUGCAAACACGCAGCCUAACUUAAGAGGACGAAAUAAAAACUUUUGAGUGACUAAAAUCGUCGGAAUAUAUUAAUAUAUGUGUAUAUUUUUCAUGCGUAUAAUCUUUUACUGUAGGAAUUUUAAAUGAAUUUCACAUGCUCUGUCUUGUGCAUCUUCUGCACAGCCUGCAAGGAAGUAACCUCGAAAUUGUGAAAGAAGUGAAAGAAAUGAAAUCAUAUGUCUUUUUAAAGGAUGCCAGAGAAAAGUGGCAUGGGGGUAUCCUGUAGGAGGAGUUCUUUGUGACCAAACAAGUAACGGAUUUUCCCUUAUAAAAAAGGAAAUUGAGUCCGGACUGCUCAAUGAACAGCGUUAUUCGGAGCCCAGGCUGUACAGGUUGUGGUUCAAACAGAUCUGUUUUCACACAAAGUCAAGAACCUGCAUUCAUCUUUUUUCAAUCUGCGAGCUCAUAUUCUAUUUCCUCCUUAGAACAUCUUAAUAAGACACAUGCUUGUGAGCUCAGGCACUUAUUGACAGAAACCCUCCUCACACAGCGGGUUCCCUGCCUCCUUGCCAGCCCUCCCAGAGCUUCAUGGGUUGAACCACCAGUUCGACAAUCUCUCUCUCCUCCUGUUCAUCCUCCACACAAACCCCCAACCCCGCGCUGUCUGCUCCCUUUGCCAGUUCUACCACCGGCGUGAUGGCUUGUUGUGCCCAGGGCUUGUUUGGACUUGCAACCGCAGCAUCAUCCUCCACUACACAGACUUGCAGACACAGCAGCUACUAGAGUGAAAGAAAAAGAGAGGCAGAGGGGAGGAAAAGGAGAGACAGACAGAAAGAGAGGAAUACCAGAGGAGAGAGGGGGGGAUAAUCUGUCCCAACAGCAGAGGGAUCCACCUGUCCCAGAGAGGAAGGGGGCCCCCCCACCUGAUCCAUCUGGUCGCAGGGGGGGACCCUGCGUAGCCGUUAAGGCAACAGAGACUAUGCAGCUGGGACUGGUGGCGCUGGCAAUGAUCUUCCUCAGCUCCAUGGGUCACAGCGACGCUCUCAAGCUCUCCAAGGCGAGACGGCAUAGACGGGUUAGUACUGAGGGGCCACCAUCUUGCCCCAAAGGCUGCGAACGAUGCUCUGAGUAUAACGGCUGCAUCAAAUGCAGGCCCAAGCUCUUCAUCUUCCUGGAGCGCAAUGACAUCCGACAGAUAGGCGUGUGCCUCGCCUCCUGCCCCAUGGGAUAUUUUGGCAUGAGAAACCCAGAAGGCAACAACAGAUGCACUCAAUGUAAAAUAGACAAUUGUGAAGCAUGUUUCAAUCGACAUUUUUGCACAAAAUGUAAGGAGGGCUUGUAUUCACACAGUGGCCGAUGUUCUGUCAGCUGCCCUACAGGCCUGCAGCCGGUCAAUGAGACCAUGGAGUGUGUGGGUCAGCGUCCACCAGAAUGCGAACUUGGCGAGUGGAGCCCAUGGAGUUCCUGUAUGAAGAAGAACAAAACAUGUGGAUUUAAGAAAGGCUCGCAGUCCCGGGUUCGUUUGCCCCUUGUGCAGAUCCACAGCCCAGACACCUCCCCGGCCUCUGUACCCUCACAGACCUGUGCUUCACAGACGGAGAGAAUGAAGUGCAUUGUGACCAAGACGCCCUGUGUGAGAGAGAGGAAAAAUAAGGGAGACAGACAAGAUGAUACAAACAGGAGGGAGAAUGGACGAGUACGGGAAGGCAAAGACGGCAGCAGAGGAGGAGGAGGCGGAGGUGGUGGAGGGAAGCGGAGAAAAGGCCAGAGCAGGACCACUACGGCUCCCAGCAUCACAACCAGCUCCGUCAGCUAAGCUCCAUCACCUACUGGAUGGGGCUGAGAGAAAAAACAGAGACAAACAGAGCACCCUCCAUAGACAACGUUCAAAGUGAUGAAUUAAUGCUGCUAUGCAUUGUAAGAUGCAAAGAGAACUGGAGGAUUGCUUCAACACAAGAGUAUUCUGAGCUUUGUGAAUAGAUGAACAUUUCUGGAAGAUACUGGUGUCUAAGGGGUGUUCAGAAAGACUUGUUGAUUUUCUUUCUACUGUGAGGGAUCACUGCUGGACUGCUAAACCAUGUUGAGGAUUGCGAUUCAUGUCAUCAACCAAACCGAUGUCACUCUACAGAUUCCUGUGUUUCAAAUGCAGAACUCAAGCUGGAAGUCUGAUAAUGAAUGAAGGUUCUCUUCCCUCUCAUCUGGUCCAUGAUGUAUUUUGUUCCAGUCCGGUUUUAAUCACAAUCUGUUUUUCAUCUGUUUUCAUCUUUUUGAGAGGUGGCAGAUGGAUUUUCUCAAAAGCCGUUGUACAUGAUGUAAAGACAGUGAAUAGUAUUAAGUCUUUGUACCUUUAUUUCCCAUUGUGAGAUGAAACAAAAAAGAAAGGCACUGGAUAUCAUUUGUGGUUGUUGAGGGUAGAUGCUAGACAGUAUAUUAUUUUAAAUGAGGAAUUUAUUACAAAGCAAGCCUAAGAUGAAGGAGGAUUACUGGCUCAUAUCCUUCUUUGGACUCAACCUUCUUUCCAUUUGAUAGCUUAGUUGUUUGUUUAUAAUUAAAUGUUGGUGUUUGUAUCUAAAAAAUAACUCUGCACAGAAAACAAGGAAUAACAACCUGAGUAUUUGCAUGUGUACAAGGUUGCGUGUGCGUGUGUGUGUGUGUGUGUGUGUGUGUGUGUGUGUGUGUGUGUGUGUGUGUGUGUGUGUGUGUGUGUGUGUGUGUGUGUGUGUGUGUGUGUGUGUGUGUGUGUGUGUGUGUGUGUGUGUGUGUGUGUGUGUGUGUGUGUGUGUGUGUGUGUGUGUGAGUACUUUGUAUGCAUUUCUGCACGGUCAUCAAGUUGUUUGUCAAUGGAACUUUGUCGUUUGUACAUGUGUGUUUACGUUUGCACAUGUGUGUUAAUAUUGGUCUCAUAGAUUGAAGGAACAGGUUCUGGAAAUCAAAAGGAAGGAAAUGUAAAUGCACAGUGAUAUAUCGAAUAUGCAGUAACUACAAGCCACUGAUUAUCAUAUAAGCCAUCAAAUCAUCAGCUGCUCAGUUAUCAUUUCUGUUUGCAACAGGGUCUGACGAUUUUGCACAACUAUAAUGUUUCCUACUGCUCAAGUCUCAAUACAAUCAAAGCAUUUUACACAUUUAUACUCAUAAAGCUUCAGAAAAUGUCAGAUACAGAAAAAAGGGAUUCUUUCCCUUACAUUGUUUUCCAAGAGUCUGUUUGCUUGACACAAAAUAUUAGUUUCAGGAGAAGUUACACGCUACAUUAUUCAUUCAUACUAUGGAUUGUGAUACUGAAUAUGUCCAAUUGUGUUUAUCAUCAAACAUAAGAAGUAUUAGAGUCAUUAUGUAUAGCUUAUUCUGUGAAAGCCUCAAUAAAGUUCAGAGGAAGCUGAUGAAACUUCAGUCAUA